AUGGAACGAAAUCCGUUCUCUUACGAGCCAUGGAGAGGCAAGCGGACGUUCGAUGCCAUGUUUGACAUCCUCGAGGCCGAUAUCGUCGUCUUUCAGGAAACAAAAAUCCAGCGCAAAGACUUGCGCGAUGACAUGGUCCUAGUGCCUGGUUGGGAUUGCUAUUUUAGUCUGCCUAGAGUCAAAAAAGGUUAUUCGGGGGUCGUAAUCUACACACGCAAUGCCACAUGUGCUCCCAUUCGCGCCGAGGAAGGUCUUUCGGGGAUGCUAUGCCCCCCGAACUCGUCGGUCUCUUUUCGGGAACUCCCUGAGAAUCAGCAGAUCGGUGGUUAUCCUACCAUCGAGCAGUUGUCACAGCUUGAAGUUGACGCAGCUACCCUAGACUCUGAGGGACGUUGUGUCAUUCUCGAGUUUCCCGCCUUUGUCCUGCUGGGCAUCUAUUCACCGGCCAAUCGGGACGAGAGCCGCGACUCUUUUCGCCGCAGUUUCAUUGACCUGAUGGACGCGCGGAUCCGUAAUUUAGUAGCUAUGGGAAAGAGGGUGUUUGUGACAGGGGACUUAAAUAUCUCGCGGGGCGAGAUCGAUGCAGCUCAUGCGGGGGAGGCUAUCAGAAAAGGAACGUUGACAGAAGACGAGUUCGUGUCCACUCAUGCACGGCGUGUGCUCAAUCAGUUGCUAUCAGAUGGAAAGGUAAUUGGGGAGCGCGAAGAAGGAAGGGAACAGCCCGUUCUACAUGAUAUCUGUCGCUCUUUUCACCCGGGCCGUAAGGGAAUGUACACCUGCUGGGAGCAGCGCAUCAAUGCUCGUCCUGGAAAUUAUGGCUCAAGAAUUGACUAUGUCUUGUGUAGCUUGGAUAUGCAAGAGUGGUUCUGCGAUUCAAACAUACAAGAAGGCCUCAUGGGUUCCGACCAUUGUCCAGUGUAUGCGAUGUUCAAAGAAACCGUCAAUAUUGGAGGAAAGCAACUUAACAUCCGGGACAUCAUGAAUCCGCCUGGAAUGUUCGAAAAUGGCGAGCGUCGACAGGAGUAUACGGCGAAGUAUCUAUUACCGACUUCGGGCCGCUUGAUUCCGGAGUUUGACAAACGAAGGAGCAUCAAGGACAUGUUCACGCGCAGACCCAGCAACGCCCCGCAGAGCUCGCCAGCUAGCACCCCUACGCUCUCUCGUGCGAAUUCGACCAUUCAGAGCCGUGAGCAUCCAACGAACGACCAUGGAGUAUGUGCCAUGCGACUACCUGCAUCCCCAUCCAAGAUUGUUUCCUCGGCAGAGUCAAAAGCACUAGACGAGGAGCAAACUGCGGCGGUCGUGACUACAGACUCCAUAAAGGAGACCAAUCCACCGGUGUCGACGACAUCAGACACCCCCACAGAUGAUGACACAUUCGUCGACCCAAUCGCGAGCAAGGAAGAUUGGUCGAAGCUAUUCUCCAAAAAGCGCGCCCCUCUUUGCGAGGGCCACCAGGAGCCAUGCAUUAGUCUGACAACUAAAAAGCCUGGCAUCAACUGUGGCCGGUCCUUUUGGAUUUGUCCUCGGCCUCUUGGACCCAGCGGCAACAAGGAGAAAGCCAGUGCUUUCGAUAAUGACAAUGUUCGCCAACACGAUGCGCACUUGAUGCAACAGAUGCCGAGCAAGUUACGUUGUCAGAACUUCAGCUUACAGCCCACUCUCUGUUUGUUCCUCAGCUAUUAUCAUACACGCAGUGCACCCAUAACUACUGAAUGA